GUAACCAGUUACCAGUUGUCAACUGACAGCGCUACGAGAAAGACGCGGCCGUUCCGACCAGCGUGUUCUCUAAAACUUCACGCAACUUUUCUGCAGUUGCGAACGGACUAAGUGUUAGAUUGCGUGCAAGUGUUUUUUUUUGUGUUAGUGAUGACUUUAGUAUGGAUCAUUCGACUUUUUUAUCUCCUGGACGAGCGUUAAUGUCAGAGGGGAUGGAAACGAAGGAUCGACUCGUCGAGGAGAUCGUGCUCCUCGCUCUGUUUUUGGUGUCCACUGCGGGCAAUUCGUUGGCCCUUUUGGUAUUCUGUCGGCGUCCCGGCCUGAGAACUAUAUCCAAUCGGUUCGUCAUUAACCUACUGGCGACGAAUUUGGUGACAACCUCUCUGCUCGCGCCCGCACUUUUCGGCGAGCACACGGCGAGGGAGGAGGCCGGGUGGGUGGAGGCCGGCGACGCGGCAGCCUCAGCGUGCAGUUUGGUCGCUCUACUGGCGGUCACGCUUAUCGCGUUGGAUCAGCACCACGCUGUUACGGAUCCUCUGCGUUGCCACGCUCGCCUACUGCAACGUCGCCCAGCCGCACUCUGCGCUGCCACUUGGCUGGCAGCCGGUGUUGCAGCUACAGUUCGUGCUACUAUCGCCGUAGUCCGCCACUACUAUCCGCUCGAGCCCGCUAUCCAAGGAGUCGAGCUCGCAUAUUACGUCGUGUACUUGUUCGCUGGCAUCAUAACACCAGUGACUAUAGUUUGCGUCAUGUAUGCGAGGAUAUAUCGUGCGGCGGCGGCAUCUGGCUUGCGAGCGCGAGCACAUGGAGCCAGUGCGCUUCAACUUCAUGAGCCCCAAGUGAACUUACCAGAUUUGAUAGAGGAGGGCGAAGGACUUACUCUGAAAAUUGAUGUACCAGAUAAUGUUACGGAAACAGAUAGAAAGUUUGGACCUUUUCUUCUACCUCCAGAGCGUCCCGUUCGCUGUCCAUCUGUUGCAAGUUUACGGAAUGCGCGAAAGGAUGGCAAAUCAAAUGAGGAUAUAAGAAAAGGUUUACCCGCAGUAAGCUCCGCACCAUCUCUAGCGGCACCGCUACUUACUGUGCAAUCUUGUACGCCUGCGGCUUCGAAUAACGGAUCCAGGAUAACAUCGAUCAGAUGUAGAAUUUCUAAUGCUUCAUUAUUUCGGUAUAGGGAAGAAUCUCGAGCAGCUCGAGUUGGACUUUUAACUGGUGCGUUAGUGAUGUUACAUGUGCCACAUGCGGUGGCCGCUGUUAUAUCGGCUGCAGUGCCAGGAUUAGCAGCUAGUGCUCGAACUCCCGCUUUAGCGUUACUCUUACUCGCUUCAGCGAUAUCGCCGUUUCUGUUCGCUCUGCGUUCACGGCGUGUGCAACGGGAAGCGAGGCGUUUGUUACUACCGGAGAAGAGUGCGUGGAAUCGGUCGUCAGGUGCAGCUUGCGCUGCAGCAGCGGACGGGCAGCGUGCCCGCGCUGCAUUGGAUUUACUGCGGACAUUGACGCCAGGUGGUGAUGGAGGCGAAAGCGGAGAGAACGGCGUUUCUGGUUCGGGAAACGGAUCAGAGACGAGCGCUUGCCGCAGCUCCUUCAGCUCGGGUGGAAGCACGCAGCUGUCCUCCGCGUCGGAAGAGUGACCCCCGGCCGGCGCUCCGCCGUCGCGGGUGCGCUUCGUCCCUCGCUCUCGACCCACCGCUCUACUCAUCUGUGAUACUAGAAUAAGACGAACCGCGUUUGGCGCGACUGUUAGACUGAUUUAGCAUAAGUAAUUUAUUAUUGUGUCCAUGUACCUUUCCGCUAAGCGGAUAAUUUUUACCCGAUAAUAUAAAUGUAUAAAAUAAAUGUUCAUACGAAAUGA